AUGACUAAUGAAGAAUGUAAGAGACGAAUGAAUGACAAGACAUUUGUUUAUAUGCCACAUUGUGCAUUUUCAAUGUAUUACAAUUUAUUGAUGGAAAAUAAGGAUCAAUUGGAAAAUAUUGUUUUACUUUCGAAUCAAUUACCACUCAAGACUGCACUUCUUAAGGAUGCUUACUCAGUCGAUUCGAAAAAGCAAAUCAUUCUUUCGAAUCAAGAUGAUGCUAGCUCAUCAACCAAAUUGGUAUUCCACAAAAAGAAAACACAUGACGAGCAUGAGAAAUACCUUCUCAAUUUUGUUUUUAAUAAUACGAAUAUUUACAUUUUCAAAUCUCAAUCAGAGACAACCAUUCGACCUCACCUAGAUACCGAUAUUUUUUCACUCUCUCAAAUAGAAAUUUCGAGAGCAUUGAACAGAGAAGCCGAUUCAGAACUAAUUUCCAAGUAA